AGCAUAAUAUAAAUAUAAUUCCUUUAGUUGCGAAGAUGUUUGAAAAGUUGAAAGUCGACCGAGAGUCUUCAAAAUCUCGAUUCAAUCACAUGUCGGAGAUCCUUCCAUACUUGCAUGAUCCUGCUGCAUUAGCCAUGUGGCUGCAACGGCAGGCUGCCAUUGAAGCAGGGUUGGGCAACACUGUUGACACUUCCCUUAUAUUACCAACCAUGCGCAAAACAGCGCCACCUAUUGACCUAACGGACCUCCCGGGGGUGGAAAAACUAAAUACUGUUGAAAAAGAAUUUUGUGCCAAAGCAAGGUUGGUACCCGAGGCUUAUCUCACCUACAAAGCUUCGCUCAUCCACGAGUUUUCACGGAACGGGAAAGUUAAACUUGCAGGCGCACGAAGCAUUGUAAAAAUAGACGUCAACAAAACCAGAAAACUUUACGAUUUUUUAAUCGAGCAAGGGCAUAUUAACACGUGACGUCAUCGUUACGUCAUCACCUCGUGAAAACACGUAAAAAGUCGAAUUUGUUACUGCUUGGUUUUUGGUCAAACAGUCGUUAUUGUUGUUUUUUUUUGCAAUAAAAAUAAACAGACUUGGAU